UGUUAGUGCAGUCGCGUCGUCCGCGCGUGAAGAAGCAACAAGCGAGGUGCAAAUCUUAUACAGGCACGUGUCGGUUUCAAUUCGCAGCAAUUAAUUAUAUUUGCAAUCACUAAAAAAAUAGCAAGCGCCAAUAAAUUGUAAACAGCACAAAUUUGAAUAGCCAUUAACGCACAAUGUUCUACCUUAUCGGGCUCGGUCUUGGCGAUAUCAAGGAUAUUACAGUGAAAGGCCUUGAAAUCGUAAAGCAAUGUAGUCGUGUGUACCUGGAAAUGUAUACCUCAAUUCUGGGCUGUAGCCUUGAGGAUAUGCAAGAAUUCUAUGGACGUCCUGUGCUGCUGGCUGACCGUGACCUGGUGGAACAAGGUGCCGAUGAGAUUCUGUCGGGUGCUGGCGAGUCGGACGUUGCGCUCCUGGUGGUUGGCGACCCAUUUGGCGCCACAACACACACAGACUUCAUUUUGCGCGCCAAGGAGAAGAAUAUACCCUACAAGGUCAUACAUAAUGCGUCCAUUAUGAAUGCCAUUGGAUGCUGUGGCCUGCAAUUGUACAAAUUUGGUGAAACUGUCUCCAUACCGUAUUGGGAUGAGACUUGGAAGCCGGACAGUUUUUACGAUAAGAUUAAACUGAAUCGCCUGCACAACAUGCACACACUCUGUCUGCUGGACAUCAAGGUUAAGGAGCCCACCCCCGAGUCGCUCAUGCGCAAACGCAAGGAGUAUAUGCCCCCGCGUUUCAUGAGUGUCGCCGAGGCUGCCCAGCAGCUGCUGACCAUUGUGGAGAAAAAGGAUGCCCUCGAACGGAAUACAGUCCUCAAUGAGCAGUCAUUGUGCGUUGGACUGGCACGUGUUGGCCAAGAUACACAACAGAUUGUGGUCAGUACGUUGCACGGCAUGCGUGCCACCGAUUUGGGUGGCCCACUCCAUUCGCUGAUCAUUCCCGCCAAGGAGAUGCAUCCGCUCGAAGUGGAAUUUAUGCAACAGUACUCCGCCAACAUCAAGCUGGACGAUUAUAAUCAUUAGAGAGUGAAGUGAAGAAGCCCACCGCAUAUUACGUAUUUAAGUGUUUAGGACACAUUGAAUUGAAUUUAAGUAGCUUGAAGCUCCACGGAGGACAGUAAGAUGAAAGUGAUAUACAUAUGUGUAUGUGUGGUUUCCCCCCAGCUUAAUUCCAUCUGUGUAGUUUGCCAACAACAAAUAAAAUUGCAUUAACAAACUA